AUGACGACGCCCGGCGAGUACGGCGGCGUCUCCACCGUGGACACGUCGGCCGUGGCCGCGUCCAUCGGCGCCCAGGUGUCGCAGCAGGCGCAGGAGCUCAAGCGCUCCGUCGUCAACGGCUCCGUGGAGCUGUCGACGCUGGGCUCCAUCGGCGCCGUGCUCAGCGUCGUCGUGAGCUGUCUGAACGUCCUGGGCAACAUCGUCAAGCUGUCGCCGACGCGAGCCGUGCUCAUGGUCUACUGCUUCGGCGGCGGCCUCGCGCUCCUGGCCCUCGAGGGCAUGCACAACGCGCCGCCCUUCGCACCCCCGAGCGCCCUGGCCUUCCUCCGGCGCUGGAAGCUCAAGCUCCGCACGGAGGCGCACGUGCUCACGACGCUCACGGGCCGGUCGCUGGGCUACGUCUUCGUCGGCUCGCUGCUCCUCGCGGACGGCGGCUCGUGGCUCGGCGCGCUCGUCGGGUUCUACUGCGUCUUCGUCGGCGGCGCCAUGCUCUACGUCGCGCGGUCCGCCGUGGCGAAGCUGCGCGACCUGCUGCCGGGCGCGUCGGAGGAGGAGCUCCUCGCCCAGUUCGACGCGCACGACGCCGACCGCGACGGCAAGCUCGCGGGCUCCGAGCUCGGCGCGCUCUGCGCGGCCUGCGGCGCGGCCCUGGCGCCGCGGGAGGUCGAGAGCGCUUUGCGCAUCCUCGACACGGACGGGAGCGGCCUCGUGGACCGCGAGGAGUUCGUCGCCUGGUUCAAGGGCGACAACUGGCAGCGCCACGUGGCGAACCUCUUAAGGGGCAGCCCCGCACGCAACACCAUGGACGCGCACCGCCGCCUGGCGGACAGCUCCGGCGAGCACAUGACGCAGUUCCUGAGCGUCGUCUGGGUCUUCCUCUUCGUCGGCGUCGUCUACUUCCUCUACGCGACGGCGGACCGGCGGCUCGUGCCGCUGCACACGAUCGUCCUCGUCGGCCUCGGCGCCUUCUCCAUGGUCGCCAUCCUGACGGUGGGCCCCUUCGACGUCGCGCUGACGCUCGUCGGCCGCCGGUCCGACAGCGACUCGACGCGCGUCGACAGCUUCGAGCGGCACAGCAAGGUCCUGCGGAAGAUGUACGUCGACGUCUACUGGAUCUGCUUCGCCAUGUCCCUCGCGGGGCUGCCCUACGCCGAGGAGUACGACGCGUCGGGCCACGUCGCCGCGCUGGGGAAGCUCCUCGACAGCGGGCGGCGCAUGGCCGUCAUGUGGCUCGCGAUGGGUUUGGGCGGCCUGCUCUUCCUCGGCUUGGUCCUGGGCUCCGGCGAGGUCGAGAGCGCCGACGCCUUCAACGUCACGCUCAUCGCCUGCAGCAACACGGCGAACUCGUUGGUCCUCGUGCUCCUGCUCGGCGUCGGCGCCGUCGAGCUGCCCAAGGCGCUGUGGAUCGCCGGCGACGCGGACCGCGACCUCGCGCGGUGCUACACGGCGGCGGCCUGCGAGUUCGCCAAUCUCAAGGAGGCGAGCGUCGCGUGCUCCAACGCCGCGGGCGACGCCAUCAAGACGCUCGAGGCCGUGGACAAGGGCCGCGCGCGCGAGGCGAAAAGGGGCGCGGGCGGCGACCUUUCCUUCUUCGCGGCCUUCUUCGACGUUUCGCUGGAGGCCUGCGCGGCGGCCCUCCGGGAGGACUGCGCGGCGCUCGGCGCCGACGGCUUCCGGAGCGGCGCCGCGGGCGCGGCCGCGAUCAACAAGCGCACGGGCGACACGGACGCGGACGCGGUCGCGGACUGCCGGCGGCGGCUCGCGGCCGCGCGCGCGGCCUACGCGUCGGCGCUGGGCGCCGUCGACAAGAUCAAGGCGCGCACCUUCUACCUCGAGGACCUCGUCAAGAGCCGCGACGCGGGGACGGUCGCCUGGAGCUUCGGCGCGCCGCCGUCGACGCGGAACGGCUGGCUCUGGCACUGCCGGGGCAAGCCGAUCCUGCUGAAGUGCGCCGCCGUCUGCGCCGCCGUCGCGUCGGCGUGCCUGCUCGUGUCCCAGAUCGGCGCGGCGACGGCGAACACGAGCGCCGCGCUGGACUGCAGCGCCUUCGCGGUCAUGGCGCGGAGCGGCGCGCGAAGGAACGGCGACUCGGGCGCCGCGGCCGCGAGCUUGUUGUGUUUGACUUAUAUGGUCGGGGUCUGCGGCACGGCCAUGGGGCUCGUGAAGCUCCGGGGGUUCUUGGACGUGAACACGUCCAAAAAAACGCCGCCGAAGGUCUUGUGCUUCGCCACGCGCAACUGCGGCAAACUCGCGGCGCCGCUGCUCUACAACUACCUUGCGACGCUCCACGAGGUCGGUUCCUCCGCCGCGCCGCCGCCUCUCCACGACGACGACGCGCGGCGCGACAUGCGCCUCGCCUUCGACCGCUUCUACAGCGCGAAGAUGGACGCGGUGACGCCCCACUUCGAUAGGGUCGCGGCGUCGCUCGUCGUCGUCGUCGCGUUACUACACGCGGGCAACAUGCUCAACCGGCUCCUCGUGGUCGCGAAGCUGCCGGGCUACCAGUUCGGCGCGGACCUCGCCGCCGUGGACGCGGGCGCGGUGCGCGAGGGCCGGGGCCGCCUCGACCGGGACCGGAAGCGUCUGGAGCACGCGGCGCAGCGCGCGGGCCACCGCGCCGCGCUGACGGCCGGGGCGCCCGCGGCCGCGACGCCGCCGAAGCCGCAGCGCCGGAGCAGCUUCCAGGCCGCGUCCGACGCCGUGCGCGAGCUCGCGUCGCCGGGCGUCGAGACGGCCAAGCUCCGCGACGAGCGGCUCCCGGACGAGCGGCGGGGCUGGCUCUCCAAGAAGGCGCCCGAGCACCUCCUCGCGGGCGUGUCCACGGGCUGGUCGAAGCGCUACUUUUGCCUCCGCGCGCCGGGCGAGCUGGCCUACUUCAAGCACGAGGGCGACGACGAGCCCGUGGGCGUCGUGGACCUGCGGCUCGUCGUCGGCGUCGGGGGCGCCGUCGACGACGCGGACGACGCGCGCUUCGACCUCGAGCUCGCGGACCGGUCCAUGAAGCUCAAAGCCUGCGACGGCGACGCGGCGAGCUGGAUCGCGGCGCUCCACGCCUGGCGGGACCGCGCCGUCGAGCGCGACGGCCUCUCGGGUUUGCUGGCCUUUGACACCGAAGAGGCCGCGCCGCCGCCGCUCGAGGGCGCGCUCGCGCUCAAGAAGCCCCACAAGUUCCGCGCCGACACCUGGGCGCGCCGCUACGUCGUCGUCGACGGGUCGAAGGGCGAGCUCGCGCUCUUCUACUCCGCGGCGGACGCGAAGGCGCCCGGCAAGCGGCCCUACCUCGCCUUCGACCUCCGCGUCUGCGGCGCCUUCGCCAAGCACGACAAGGGCGCCAAGAGCGACCCGGCGCGGUUUUCCGUCGACGUCGGCGACCACAGCGUCAAGCUCAAGGCGCCCACGGCCCAGGACGCGGACGCGUGGGUCGCGGGGCUCCGCAAGUGGCAGGACCACAUCCUCCUCGGCACGGCGGCGUCGAUGGUGGGCUUGGCCGUGGGCUCCUGGGACGGGGCGUUCGUGCCCGUCGGGGCGGCCGUCGGCGGCUUCCCGACGACGCGGGUGGAGGGCGACACCCUCAAGACCUGGGACGUGGGCGCGACGUCGACGGAGCGCGUGCAGCUGUCGCUGCAGAGCACGGGCCGGCCCGUGAAGGCCGACGUGCAGCUCUGGACGACGCCCUCGUACAUCCCGAGCAAGUUCAGCGUCUACACGGAGGACGGGAACCUCCGCCCGAUCCACGCCGUGAUCGAGACGCCGAUCCACCCGAAGACGGUGGCCGUGUACAACACGAACGCGGGCGAGUUCCCGUUCGAGGCGUGCGUCGCCGACACGGGCCUCGGCAAGGCCAAGGAGGCGCUCGCCUCCUUCGAGGGCACGCUCGUCCAGGGCGGCGCGAUCCGGUCGUACACCUUCGGCGCCGAGGUGGCGAGCGUCGCGGUGCUGCUCUCGUCGGCGGAGCUCGGCGAGCGCAACAUGAAGGCGCUCAUCGAGCUGACGUCGGGCCCCAACCAGGUCAAGCAGUUCUUCGAGAUCUACUGCUCCUCCGGCUACAAGAACCCCUUCUACGCCGUGAUCCAGACGCCCGACCCCGCCACGACCAUCCGCGUCAUCAACCAGAACACGGUCGAGUUCCCCUUCGAGGCGAAGGUCGUGGAGUGCGACGUGGCCGACGCGGCGGGGUCGCAGCCCGAAAUGGGCGGCGGCUCCUUCAGCGGCGGCUUGUUGCGCUGA